AUGAUCCGAAUAAGAACCUUAGCAUCGAGGCACCUCUGCAAAAGAUUUUACUCUCAUACUCCGUUCGACGAGUACCUCGAUUUUCCAUCUGGUGAGCCGGCUUUGGAGCGAGAGCAGCCUGCAACGAUCAAUAGCGAUCCUUUCGAUUUCUCGGACAUCCCAAUUAUCAAAGAUGAUAAUAAUUUGUUUUCAUCAGGCCUUGCUACUCCCAGUAACCCACUCUUUGCUCAAACAAACUCGUCUAUGAGUCCGGACUCUGUGUUGCAGGAACCUAUCACAAUGACUACAGAAGACUUUAUGAAGAAGCUCAAUCUAGCCCGUUCAGAUCAGUCUUUUGACGAGCAGAAAUUUAAGCGAUUUAGCUCAUUUUUGCGUACCGAUACUCAAAUACGUCAGCAUGAUACAAGGCUGCAAGACAUUGCAACAAUCAAAAAUCCGCUAACUGUGAUUAGCGAGUUCAAUGAUCCAAGACUCAAUCUUGCCAUAGAGAAAUUCAUUUACGACCAAAUGCCAGAUCCGUUGGCUAAUUCGAGGUCUCGAAGACUAGUUUUGUAUAAGAACUCUCCUUGCGUGGUGAUUGGCAAGAAUCAAAAUCCUUUUAGAGAGAUAAAUUUCAAAGAAGCCACUAUUCAUGGGAUCCCAAUCCUGAGGAGAUACAGCGGUGGAGGUACUGUGGUUCACGAUCUCGGUAAUUUCAAUUUUUCCUACAUGAGCAGCAGACAAUCAUUUAGCAGGGUCGAGUUCACGAACGCUCUAAAUCACGAGAUAAAUCAGCUCGUUGGUCUCGAUAUUGGCUAUGACGCACCGAAAUUUUCGCUCACGACAAAUGACCGGGGAGACAUUAUCAGUAGCAGUAGCCUGAAGAAAGUCAGCGGCUCCGCCUACCAGGUGUCUAGGGGCAAAUCGUUGCACCAUGGGACAAUGCUCCUCAAGUCGGAUCUUAAAAUGCUUUCUGCUUUACUGAAGUUGACCGAAGAACGUAAGGCCUCCAUCCAGGACAAGAGCACAGACUCAAUUCCUAGUCCGGUAGAGAAUUUGGAACUGAGCGACACAUUGUUCCAAUUCUGCGCUGUGGAGGCGUUCAAGAGGUUGCAUCCGGCUGAGGGAAUUGAGGACAUGGUGUACGACAAUCUUCUUGUGCAGGGAGACAGUCAUAUUCUAAAAUUAAACGAGGUGAGUGAUCUUCCCGAGGAGGUUUUGAAGACUCAGCACGAACUUUCCUCAUGGGAGUGGACCAUCGGAAAGACUCCGAAAUUCCAGCUGAUUGUCGAUGAUGACGAAUUCCAAUAUCAAAUGACUGUGGAAAAAGGACUAAUUACCGAGAUUGAUUCCGCAGAGCCCGAUUUGGAUAAAUUGAUCGGGCUUCCGUUCAGCAGUGAGAAGAUAUCUCAUGUCCUGACAGAUCCCCUGAAAAGCCAUGUUAUGUGGCAUGUCGACCUCAACACGAGAUAUGCGCAACUAGGAAUCUCACAAUUAGAUUAG